UUUGCUGCUAACUGCUCUCACUAUCACUCAACAUAAUAUUAUACAACUGAUACUACAAAUCACUACACUCAAUAUGUCAACUUCUGCUAAUGCGACCUGGGAGGCCUUCAAGCCGUUGGCCCAGCAACUCCUCAACAGCCUUGGCCGCGUGACAGCAUUGGACCAAGAUGCAGUCACUGCGACCUUGCAGUCCGCCUUUCUGUCGACUCCCUCCAUGUCUAGUCUCCAGGCCUACUUCAAAAGUCCUGUCCAGAGCCAAGCAACUUGUACAUUUGAUGGGAUUGAUCUUACCGAGACGAUUGAGCAUAUGGGGAAUGCGGCUAUAGCUGCUCACAUUGCCGACCUCGACUUAGGCUAUGGCUUCAAGGCUAUGUCACACCGUGAUCUUGCUAUUAAAGUCCCUGAGGAAAAGUUCAACACUAUAAUGCCCUGUGUCUUUGCCGACCACAUUAACGAUCAGCUCAAUGCUGACGGGUUGGAAUCCCUGAGAAUUCUUAAGCAAACACCCCUUUUGGUCGAAGCCUAUAAGAAUCUCAUAAUCGAUCCAAGGUUCAACCCCUUCGGAGCCAAUGGUGACCUUCAUUUCGGAAUGACCUGUCUUUUUGUUUAUGAAUACUUCGUCCAAGGUCCAGGUUUCACGUUGAGUGAGAAGACGACUGAAAGUCAGGGCGUUGCCAUCAUGCAAGCGUGGAAGAAGAACCAUCCUCUACCCACUGGCCCGGAUGAGAUUACAGGCCCCGCUGCAGUAGUGAAAGACCUUACUCCAUCGCAGGUGACGGUCCUGGCCAUCUCAUAUCUCCCAAGUGCUACUUUUUCUCCAAAUGGUAAAGCCAGCGCAACCAUCCAGGACUAUGCUCUUGCGAUGCAAAACGCCAAUCUGGUACCCCGCGAGACACCAACUGCCGUUCCAAUGCACAGCGAAGACAUAGAUAUGAUGAUCACUACCAAAACUAUCUUCUCUGGCGCCAAUGUGUCAUAUUAUUACUCUACAAGCUACACACUUUGGUACCAGUGGAUGGUUACUAUCAACGAUAACAGCACGGGUAACUUUUGGAUAAACGGUAUUGUAGCUGCGGCUGGCCAAACCGAGACGACCAGCAAAAGUGGGAUAAUCGAGACUAACAGGCGAAUGCUUCCUGAUACGGAGCGCACUACGAUCUACGGGACGGACCUUGUCAAUUGGUACCACGCAAAUGAGGAGGCGGCCUUUCUGAAAAGCGGCCUCUCAUUUGACAAUACAGUUGUCACUGAUGACGAUGGUCCAAGUGGGAGCUGCUUCGUGCCUGGAACCUUGGUGCAGACUUCCAAAGGUCCCGUGGCGAUAGAAACACUCCACGAGAACGAUGUUAUCCUUACACUCUGUGGGGCUCAAGAUCAGUGGGGCCUCUGCAGUGACGAGGUCGUGAAGAGUGCUGCACCUGGGACUCUCUACGGCUUCAAUGGUAGAAACGCUUUUUUCACCUCUGGGCACCCGUUUCAUACGACAACGGGUAUUCGCGCCAUUGACCCCUCCCUUGCGCGGACAGAGAACCCGUGGUUGGAUGUUGGUACACUUAGGGUUGGACAUCAGUUGCUGCGUUUGAACCCUGCCAAGACAGGAUACGAUUUGGAGACCAUUACAGCCAUUUCAGCCGUUCCAAGCAAUGUGACCUCAGUCUACGGCGUGCAUUUGAGACAAGGCCUCAGAAGCUAUCAUGCUAAUGGUUACCUUGUGGCGCUAAACUAUCCGGAGAUCACUGCAGCGGCGAUCGGCAAGCAGCUUCAGGCCAUUCCGAAGCAACAGAGACUUCAAAUGCUUCGAAGCUUUGCAGAUCUCAAGCCACUUUUCGCUCGUUUUGGAGCAGGUACAGUGGUAGACCGUCUGUCCCAAGAAGUACACUCUUUGAAGCCCCUGGCUUACGGCGGUCGACAAGUCAAUCCCAAUCGCAUUCUCAGCCGAGAUCUUCACAGGACAUACUCAAUGAGGCAUCGUGACCAAAACACUGCCCUAGGGACUGUGGAAUUGCGUUCUGGAAUCUUGCACGUCGAUGGUGCAAGGGUUCCCCAAGUAGACAUGCAUGGAGCCGCUCUUGCUUGGAGCCGACAGCGACCUGACCACAGCUGGGAGCAUGCUCACUGUGAAUUUGUGAACUCUGGUAAUCGUGCGUCUGGCUUUCUAGUUCAUACUUCCGAUGAAUUCCCCGAAGGUAAUGAAGCAUCGCUUAAGAAACAAGACGUCAUUCCUUUUGUUCUUAAUGCAGCGUCUACUGUAAAUCCGUCAGUCUUUCCAGCUUUAGCGGAUAAAGGCGCAACACAAAGUGAGCCAGGUUCGGUUAACUUGGGGAUGAUCUCAUCUCCAGUAACAAUGCAAAUGGCUUCAGCUGCUCCUGGCUCGACAACUCCUCCAUAUCUUUACGACUUCACUUAUCCACUAUUCUACGAUCCAAAUCCUACUACAGCUGGAGUGGCUCCUAACUGUGUGCUCCCUUGCGGAACACUACUACUUCCAACAAAUGCGAACUACCAUUCUUCGUGGCCUCAGAUGCAAAUUGAGGAAUUUGAGUUGGUCAAGAAUGCAAUGAAAGAGUCAGUAACCAAAGAGUUUCCUGAUUCGAGCAGAAUUAAUGUUACCAACUUUGGGGAAAUAUACACGUGCACAAUAUCUUACAAUAAGGACAGCGAAGAGGUUCAUACAUACGAGCUUGAGACUCCUGAGAUGAUCAUUGGCUGCUCUGACGAAUAUCAGGCCUGGAAAUCGAGACCAGACCCCAGCGAUGACACGCCUCUGCCUGGGAAAAAUCUCCACUUCACGCAGCAACUUGGUAUGUCAGAAAGCUUCUCCAUCGAAAGGCUAUACAAGUCCCUUCAGAUCGUGAUAUCGACGAGUGGUGAGAGUCUGACAGGCUGCAUUUUCCCGUACGACCCGGAGGCAGAUGGAAAUCGUGGUGCACCGCUAGCAAUAACAAGUCAAUCUUCGUCGAACCUUGUGUGGCACCCGAUACCACUCUCAGAACCUCCUCCGGCUUUGACAUCAGGCAUAGAUACAUUGCAACUGAACGUUGAGCAAUCUAUCUUGCCCAUCAGUGUCGAAGCUGUCCCACCGCUGAUCAACGAUAGUCCUAGUGCGAUUACUGCAUUUCUAGCGCAGCAUCAAGACUCCGCCACACAGCUUACUGCUCUGAUAAAUCUGCCUUACAACGCGCCCGCCAUCAACCAAGACGUACAAACUAUGAUGGUCCAGGUCAUGCAGUAUCACAUGGACUCAGCCGACCGCGAGAUGUUCUUUGGAAUAACAGCAAAGCCUGACGGUUUGGACCCAUCUUUAGGUGCCCAACUAGACAGUGACGUGUCCAAGUGGAUUCAGACUCAAUAUGCACCGGCAUAUAUUUGCCAGAUGAUGACUACCAAUGAUGCCAAUAUUGGAACUCAGUAUCGCUUUACCAACAAGGAAAUCAAAAGAAUCAACUAUUGGUGGAGCGGCAAGGGACCAGGAUGUCUUGCGGCAGACCCAAAUUACAAGUUACUUGACCGGGCAGUCCAGCGCUGGGUUACGAGAGAUACCUAUAAGCUGGUCAAGACACUUUGGAAUGGAGGCACAGGAAGUGACGGUGCCAUCUGGUCAGACCUUCUGUACGACAAGAUCGUUAGCGACCCGAGAUUGUUUGCAGAGUUGCAAAACUCAGACGCACAGAAUGGAACUGCGCAAUUGACCAAGAUUUGCAGUAUGAUGGAUGCUUUGGAUAAUGGACAUCAAAAGACCAGGGAUUUAUCAUCGUCUUCUCUACCGCCACUUCCAUUACCGCCUCCAGCCUCUACAGGCACAUCGGCUCCCUCUUCCCAGCCUGCAACUUCAGCUCCACCAGUAGCACAAGCUGUAACGCCAACUAGAGAUGCAUCGUUAAACCCACCCAGUAUGCCGACGGGAACAACUACAUCGUCAAAGACUAUCACUAUCACCGACACAAACGCUAACCUUCUAUCACUGAAGGUCCUUGCAUCCGUGAGGGCCGAGAGCUGGAGCCAACAGUUCUGGGGCAUCAGCCAAAUGACCGACGAGAUGGUCAGAGUGGUUGAGUCGCAGUGGCUUUCCGAGCUGAUUCAAGAACUGCUCCUUGGACUCUUGGCCAAGGACCAACAACUUACAAACGAGGUUCUGAAGAACAUAAUGCAAGAUAUAGCCGACGCUGAAGCAAAGGACACAUCUUGGGCGGCGCAGAGUACAGAGCUGAAAAUGCAACAGUUAUUUCUCGAGUUCUCUGGCUCGCUUCCCAAUUUCAUGGACGCCUUAUGCAUGGCAGGGAGUGCAGCUAAAAAGGGCGCCAAGAACAUCUACGACUACGUACGUGGCGUACAGAGGGCUGGCGUGGCAGCCGAUGCAGCAGUCGAAAACGUCAUUCCUGUUCCAGACUCCAAAGCAAAACUAUCAGAAGGUGGUAAGAAAGCUUUAUGGAGCGUAGUGGGAAUUAUAGCCUUAUAUUGCGCCGCCAAUAACAUGAGUGGCCAGUGGAGUGAUAGUGACACGGCCAGCCGAGGUCUCAUGGUCACCACAGUUGUAGGAAGCUGCCUACAGCUUUUGGAAUUUGGAGCCAAUGCUUGGGAAGCCUUUUUACGAAUGGGAAGUGGCCUCUACUCUAAUACGAGCCAGAUGAUGAUGGCCCGAUCCCUAGACACCUAUCUAGGUAACACAAUGACCACUAAAGCCAUGAUCCUAGACUCGAGCGCCGAAGGAGGCGGAUCCCUGAACCCGAAAUCCUUCAAACAGAAGUUUGUUGAUAAGAAUACAAGGGUCGUGGUGGAGAUGGAUGACCUUGGUGCGGCAGGGAAUGCAGGAAAUGGCGACUUGCAGAGUCUGAUCAAGAAUUCUUCGACAGUGGUCAAGUGGCGCCAAGGCUUCAAUUUUGCGAGAACAGUGCUGGCUUGGCUCGGUUACGUUGCUGCUGUUGCUGUAGUCAUCUUUAUGACUUGGGAAUUGAUCCAGGAUUGGUCAUCAAUGAGCCAAGGCCAGAAGAUUUUCUCAACCAUCCAACUUGUUUUGGCAGCUAUAGAGGGAGGCCUGGGAGGGGCUAUUAUUGUGCUUGCCGCAGGGUGGGCGGUCGUGACCAUAUUCGGAGCCAGUACAGCAGCUGCGGGAUUCGGGUCUGCAAUAGCAUUUUGCUGUACUGCAUUUGCUGCAGCAGGUCCCGUACUGGCCGUGCUUGCAGUCAUCGUCCUUGUUGUCUUUUUCAUCUGGCAGUCGAAGCAACCGGCACCGCCUACUCCUGUCGAGCAAUGGCUCAAUACAACAGGCAAGGCAUGGGCAGACAAUGUCAACAUGCCAGACUGCCCCAUAGACGUCAGUUUAAACCCAACGUCUGUGGAGUCUUCGGAAAGCACCCAGACCAUAUCGCUCGCUGUCACAAACACGGGACCGACCGCAGCUGUUAUCCAAAGCCUCACCUUCCAGUUCUCGACUGGGCCAGAGGAUAGUGCUCUUUUUUACAAUGAGUACACAUUUGCCUCUGCUUCCACUAGUGGUACUGCAGGAACCGCUACUAUGCAGACAACUAACAACAGUGUGACUAUGACAAUACGGAAUGUAGCGAGCGAUACUAGUGCUAAAAACAAUGCGAUGAACACUACUUUGACGUUCGCCGGGCCUUCGGUUCAGGAUAAGGUGUCCCUGGAGUAUCAUAACAACAUCACAUUUGCAGCUAAUGAUACGAUCACAGUGCAGUUGAGUGGUAAGAUCUGGUCGGCUGCAGGGCAACAAGCCUCUGUUGUUACCAGUUUAGGCUGGAAUGAUGAUAGCUGGAAUAAUACAUUGUUCCUGCAGCGUAGUUCUGCAGCAUGAAAACGAAACUCGAAUCACAGAAUAGUUUAAGUCAGAAAUUUAAUCGAAGCAUGUUAGUGAACUAUACCUAUUUAGGAAGUGCGAAACGCAUCUUUACUCCAAUGAUCAACUCGCACUUGUCAAACAACCGGCUGUUUGCCGGCGGCACGUGCUGUAUCUCCA